CAACAUUUUCAACUCUUCUUUCUUCUUUACAAAGAAAUAAUAAAAAAAAUGUCAGAAUUAUAUCCUGUACCAGAAAGACUUUUAAAGGACCCUAAACCUUACAUCGCUACAUUUGAUGAAUACAAAAAACUUUGGCAAGAAAGUGUUGAUAAGCCUGCGGAAUUCUUUGCGAAGGCAGCCAAAGAGUACUUGCAUUGGGAUAAACCUUUUCAAACCACUAUGGCGGGUGAUUUCCUUAGUGGCAAUAUUGCCUGGUUUCUUGAGGGAGAAUUAAACGCCUCUUAUAAUUGUGUUGACAGACAUGCUUUUGCCACUCCUGAUAAGGUCGCUAUUAUUCAUGAGGGUGAUGAUCCAAAAGACGUUCGUAAGAUAACAUACAAUGAUCUUUUACAACAAGUAUGUCGUAUAGCCAACGUAUUAAAAAGCUUGGAUGUUCGCAAAGGUGAUAACGUCAUCAUCUACAUGCCCAUGAUACCUGAGGCCAUGGUUGCCAUGCUGGCUUGUACAAGAAUUGGUGCUGUACACUCUGUUGUCUUUGCUGGCUUCUCUGCAGAUUCUCUUUAUGACCGUAUUGUGGAUUGUGAAGCUCGUGUAGUCAUUACAGCUGAUGAAGGAAAACGUGGAGGCAAGUUUGUCGCUACAAAACGAAUUGUAGACGAGGCUCUUUCAAAGGGUAUACAUGCUGUGGACCGCGUCAUUGUAUGUAAACAUACUGGCACAGAUGUCGCCAUGACCUUGAACCGUGAUCUGUGGUGGCACGAACAAUCUGAAAAUGCAAGACCUUUUUGUCCUACCGUGCCCGUUAAUGCCGAAGAUCCUCUGUUUUUGCUCUAUACGUCAGGAUCCACAGGUACCCCAAAGGGUGUGCUACAUACAACAGGUGGCUAUUUACUUGAGGCAGCAAUGACUGUGAAAUAUAUAUUUGAUUACCAUCCGGAAGAUAUUUAUGCAUGUACAGCGGAUUUAGGCUGGAUUACAGGCCAUACAUAUAUUCUUUACGGUCCAUUGUGUUUAGGCGCAACCACAGUAUUAUUCGAAUCCACGCCUACAUAUCCCGAUCCAUCCCGAUUUUGGAAUAUGGUUGAUAAGCAUAAGGUGACCCAGUUCUAUACAGCACCUACUGCUAUCCGAGCACUUCAACGUUUGGGCGAUGAAUGGGUAGAGAAAUGUGACUUAUCCAGUUUACGAGUGAUUGGAUCCGUGGGCGAACCUAUCAAUCCCGAGGCAUGGAAAUGGUACUAUGAAAAAGUCGGUCACUCACAAUGCGCAGUGGUAGAUACCUAUUGGCAGACCGAAACUGGUUCUAUUGUGAUUAGUCCACUGCCAGGUGCUACGCCUACAAAGCCUGGCUCCGCUACAUUUCCUUUCUUUGGCAUCCAGCCGGUUAUCUUGGAGCCAACAACAGGUGAGGUUUUGCAGGGUAAUGGUGUGACAGGUGUCCUGGCCAUUUCAAAACCUUGGCCAUCAAUGGCUCGUACUGUUUACAAUAAUCAUUACAGGUACAUGGAUACAUACUUGAAGCCGUACCCUGGAUACUAUUUUACAGGUGAUGGAGCUACGCGCGAUAAUGAUGGUUACAUAUUUAUUAACGGUCGUGUCGACGAUGUUAUCAAUGUAUCCGGUCAUCGUUUAUCUACGGCGGAAAUUGAGUCUGCUCUAAUUCUUAACAGCGAUGUGUCUGAAGCAGCUGUAAUUGCUGGGUUUGAUGAUUUGACAGGACAAUGCAUCCAUGCGUUCUGUACGUUAAAGCCAAGCGUGACGAGCGAUCCUGAGCAACUGAUGAAGGAGCUUGUAUUGCAGGUGAGAAAGACGAUUGGGCCCUUUGCUAAGCCUAAAGCCAUUUAUGUUGUGAUGGAUUUACCAAAAACACGGUCUGGCAAGAUUCUUCGUCGAGUGUUGCGAAAGAUUGUGAAUAAUGAGCAUGAUCAAAUAGGAGAUACGUCUACUAUGGCAGAUGAAGGCAUUAUUCAUCAUUUGAUUGCCAUGUUUAACCGCCAUAAUGCAAACAUUCGCAAAUAAAACACCUUUUUCCCCAUUAUUAUGCAAAAAGGUAUCCUUUUCCUUUUACCUUUCCCUUACAUAUACCUUACAUUUUUACCCCGGUACCUUUAUGAUAUAUAUAUAUUGGUUUGUACGCAAAAGAAAAUCCAUCGCUUUUAUGAUUUUGUGCCAAACUGUAAC